CACCAGUGGCAGUCUCCUACGGAAGAAAACCUCAUGAUUUCACGCUUGGUGUUCUUUCCUUAUCGGACAUUUUACAUGUAUGAUCUACUGUCCCUUGAAAAACAAUGGAAUCUUCUCGUUUCGCGUUUUAUAUUAAACAAAUUAGUAAAAGCCAAAGAAUCAUUGUCCACCCUUUUCUCCUUCAACAUCGUCUCUUUCUUUCUCUUCGUCUCCUACUCUCUACCAAUAAAAGCUUCAGUUGGUAGGCUAGGCUCAGGUUUAAGUAUUGGAGUUUGAGUAUUGCUGAAUCUGUAAAAUAUAAUUCCUCCAUCUUCUUUUUCUUCUUUUCCAAAUAGGAGAAGCAAGGAAAGGAAAUGGCUUCUGUAACGACUACUAACCUUAUCUACUCCAUCCCUUGUGAUCGUAUACACGCUUUCCACACUCAGUUUUGGUGUAAUUUCAAGAACUACAACAGAAUCUUGUUUAAAAGAUGCAAUAGAAUCUCUUGGGUGGGACGAUUUCGAGUUUAUUGCGAAUCCGAGGUAGAGGAAAAGAAGGUGAGAAGGUGUUCGCCUUGCCUGGAAAAGGCAUUGCUUACGAGUAAAAACAAUGGUGCCAUGGCUUCUGAUGAGUGGAGAGCAGUUCCUGACAUUUGGAGGACUUCCGCUGAGAAAUAUGGGGAUCGGGUCGCACUGGUGGAUCCUUAUCAUGACCCACCCACAAAACUGACUUAUAAAGAGUUGGAGCAGGAAAUUUUACAUUUUUCUGAAGGUUUAAGAGUUAUUGGAUUAAAGCCCAAUGAGAAACUUGCUCUUUUUGCCGAUAAUUCUUGUCGGUGGCUUGUAGCUGAUCAAGGUACAAUGGCUAUGGGAGCAAUUAAUACUGUGAGGGGAUCAAGAUCUUCCAUUGAAGAGCUAUUGCAAAUAUACACUCACUCUGAAAGUGUUGCAAUUGCAGUGGACAAUCCUGAAUUGUUCAAUCGGAUUGCAGAAACAUUUCGUUCCAAGGCAGUUUUCAAUUUUGCUAUUCUUCUUUGGGGAGAUAAAUCAUGCCUAGCUGUCAAUGAAAUUGAUGGAAUACCUGUUUUUACUUACAAAGAAAUUAUAGACAUGGGACGAGAGAGCCGUAGAGUUUUGUUUGACUCUAAUUAUGCUUCUAAUGAUGUGAGUGCAGGGCAAGGCUACAUGUGUGAAACAAUCAGCUCAGAUGAUAUUGCUACACUUGUCUAUACUAGUGGAACCACCGGAAAUCCAAAAGGCGUUAUGCUUACGCAUAAGAAUUUGUUACACCAGAUAAAUAAUCUGUGGGAAGUUGUCCCUGCUCUACCUGGGGAUAGAUUUCUAAGCAUGCUACCAUCUUGGCAUGCAUACGAGCGCGCUUGUGAGUAUUUCAUAUUGACAUGUGGAGUUGAGCAAACCUACACAACUGUGAGAAACUUAAAGGAAGAUCUCCAGCGUUAUCAACCACAUUAUGUGAUCUCUGUUCCACUGGUAUAUGAGACACUCUACAGUGGGAUACACAAGCAAAUUUCUACAAGCUACACUAUUCGUAAGCUUGUUGCAUUUACAUUCAUAAAGGUCAGCCUGGCAUACAUGGAGUUGAAGAGAAUUUACGAGGGAACUUAUUUGGCAAGGAUUCAAAAGGAACCAUCAUAUCUUGUUUCAGUGCUGUAUGGUCUAUGGGCAAGAAUCAUGGCUGCAAUCUUAUUGCCAAUUCAUAUGUUGGCCGAUAAGCUUGUUUACAGAAAAAUUCGCUCGUCUAUCGGAAUGAGCAAGGCUGGCAUAAGUGGAGGUGGUAGUUUACCAUUGUAUGUUGAUGAAUUUUUUGAGGCUAUUGGUGUGAAAGUGCAGAAUGGGUAUGGGAUGACAGAGUCAUCUCCAGUUACAGCUGCUCGACGACUUACCUGUAAUGUUCUUGGAUCAAUUGGGCAUCCUAUUCGGCAUACAAAAUUUAGAAUUGUAGACGCUGAAAGUGGUGAAACUCUUCCAGAUGGAUCAAAAGGGAUUGUGAAAGUUAAGGGUCCUCAAGUAAUGAAAGGUUACUACAAGAAUCCAACGGCCACAAAACAAGCGUUAGAUGAAGAGGGUUGGCUGAACACUGGUGAUAUAGGUUGGAUUGCUCCUCACCAUUCAAUAGGGCGAAGCCGUCGUUGUGGAGGUGUUAUUGUCCUUGAAGGGCGAGCUAAGGAGACUAUAGUUCUUUCGACAGGUGAAAAUGUAGAGCCCUCAGAGCUUGAGGAAGCUGCUAUGAGAAGUGCUCUUAUUCAACAAAUUGUUGUUGUUGGCCAGGAUCAACGUCGUCUUGGGGCUAUAGUUGUUCCAAAUAAAGAAGAGGUGCUACUAGCUGCUAAAAAGUUGUCCAUUGUAGAUGCCAACACCUCUGAGCUUAGCAAGGAAAAGACUGCCAGCCUUGUGGAUGAAGAACUCAGGAAAUGCAGGACAUCAGGCUGUUCGUUUCAAAUUGGACCAGUCCUAAUUGUGGAUGAACCUUUUACGAUUGAAAAUGGCUUCAUGACCCCAACCAUGAAAAUCCGAAGAGACAAAGUCAUGGAACGAUACAAGGAGCAGAUAGCUAAUCUCCACAAAUAGUUCACAAAAUAAAAUGUACACAGGGAAAUUGUAGGGGGAAAAAAUUAUAAUAAAUAAAGGGCCCAGCUAUGUAGCUAGAAGAAACUGAUCUCAAAUAAUAAUAGCUGCAAUGGUAGUCUUGCAUUUUGAUGUAUAAUAUUAAGAAAAUUAUUUGGAAAACUUAUUAAUUCAGUUUUAAAAAAAUAAAUUAAAAUA